GUGUGCUAUAUGGAGCCCUGUGUAUUGGAAUGGCUGCUGUGGCAUCACUAAUGGGAGCUUUGUUACAGGCUGCACUCAGCAUAUUUGGCAUGGUUGGUGGACCACUUCUGGGCUUGUUUUCUUUGGGAAUUUUGGUUCCCUUUGCCAACUCAAUUGGAGCUCUUGUUGGGCUGGUGGCUGGAUUUGUCUUCUCUUUAUGGGUUGGAAUUGGAGCUCAACUUUAUCCUCCACUUCCUGAGAGAACUUUGCCAUUAAACCUUGAAACCUAUGGCUGUAACAGCACAUACAAUGGGACAAAUUUGAUGACAACCACAGAAAUGCCAUUUUCUACUAGUGCUUUUCAGAUACACAAUGUUGAAAGGACUCCACUGAUGGAUAACUGGUAUUCCUUAUCAUAUCUGUACUUCAGCACUCUUGGAACUUUGGGAACAUUAUUCGUGGGGAUGCUUGUCAGUGUUUCAACAGGAGGAAGAAAACAGAAUGUAGACCCCAGAUUCCUACUAACCAAAGAAGACUUUUUAUCCAAUUUUGAUGUUUUUAAGAAAAAGAAGCAUGUUCUGAGCUAUACAUCUCAUCCCGUGGAAGAUGGUGGAACUGAUAAUCCUGCCUUCAACCAUAUUGAAUUGAACUUCACAGAUCAAAGUGGCAAGGCCAAAGGAACUCGUUUGUGA